AUGAUCUCUCUCCUUUCUCAGAUGUUCUCUUCCUCAUCCUAUGCUUUCCUCUUUCUAUCGAUAUUAUCUUCUUCGCUUUCCUUUAUCUUCCUCGACUUCUCAUUAUUUACCUACCUCUUCUUCUUCUUCUUCUUCUUCUUCUUCUUCUUAAUCAUCAUCAUCAUCGUCUCAUUAUAUUUUGUCUUUAUCUUCUUAUUCUUCACGAUCAUCAUCACCACCACCAUCAUCAUCACCAUAGCCUUACAUUCUUGUAAUAAUUAUUUUUCUUCUUUCUCUUCCUUUUUCUUCUUCUUCUUCUUCUUCUUCAUCAUCAUCAUCUUCAUCAUCAUCAUCAUCAUCUUUACAUUCCUUUCUUUUUUGCUAAACCUUUAUUUCUUCUUCUUUUCUUUUUCUUCACCAUUUGAGGCGCUUCUUUCGCUUUUAUCUUCUUUCUUUUCUUUACAUAUCCUUCUAUCAUUAUUUCUUCUUUCUUUCUUUUUUCUUCAUAAUCCUGCUCAUCUUAAAAUCUCCUUCCUUUUCUUCUUCGUACGUUCCUCCUCUGCCUCCUUCACGUCCCACUCCCUCUUCUUUCCCUCUUCCUACUCCGACUUUUUCAUUUUCGCUUAUUUCUUACUUUUCUCCCCUUCUUUAACAAUUUCCUUUCUCUACUCACAUUUCUUCUUCUUCUUCUUCUUCUUCUUCUUCUUCUUCCAUUCUCCUUUUCUUCGUUUCAUCUUGAAAAAUAAAAGCGGAAUUAAAAGAAGCAGCAAAAAUAAAUAA